CCAGCCAAGCUUGGCUGCAGAGCGACCUGUAAAAGCAACAGCAGAUAGCUAUAAGCUAAAGCUAGCUGUAGAUUAUUAUCCCCAUUUUGGGGCUUUUUUCUCUGCUACUGGUUUACUGGCUUUGUCAAGGCUGGCUGUACUGGCCAAAAAAUGCAGAAAUAUGAGAAGCUUGAAAAAAUAGGAGAGGGGACGUACGGGACAGUUUUCAAGGCUAAAAACAGAGAAACUCACGAAAUCGUAGCUCUGAAAAGGGUCAGGUUGGACGACGAUGACGAGGGGGUGCCUAGCUCUGCUCUGAGAGAAAUCUGCCUAUUGAAGGAACUAAAGCAUAAAAACAUUGUAAGGCUACAUGAUGUUUUGCACAGUGACAAGAAGUUAACUUUGGUUUUUGAAUAUUGUGAUCAGGAUUUGAAGAAGUAUUUUGAUAGCUGCAAUGGAGAUCUAGAUCCUGAAACUGUGAAGUCCUUCAUGUACCAGCUGUUGAAAGGACUUGCUUUCUGCCACAGCCGAAAUGUUCUUCAUCGAGAUCUGAAGCCGCAGAAUCUCCUAAUUAACAGGAACGGGGAAUUAAAGUUGGCUGACUUUGGGCUGGCUCGAGCCUUCGGCAUUCCUGUGAGGUGUUACUCAGCAGAGGUAGUGACAUUGUGGUACCGACCACCAGAUGUGCUGUUUGGUGCUAAACUUUACUCUACCUCAAUCGACAUGUGGUCUGCUGGCUGCAUAUUUGCAGAGCUGGCUAAUGCUGGGAGGCCUUUAUUCCCCGGGAACGAUGUGGACGACCAAUUGAAAAGAAUCUUCAGAUUGUUGGGUACGCCGACUGAAGAGCAGUGGCAGACUAUGACAAAACUCCCUGAUUACAAGCCAUAUCCAAUGUACCCAGCCACCACCUCAUUGGUGAACGUGGUCCCCAAACUCAGUAGCACAGGACGGGAUCUACUCCAGAACCUGUUGAAAUGUAAUCCCGUUCAGAGGAUCUCUGCAGAGGAGGCCUUGCAGCACCCUUACUUUGCCGAUUUCUGCCCACCCUAAAUGCUAAAUUGCCUCUCCCUGAGCCUCAGCCACCAGAAUCAAUCAUCCUUCUCUGUGUUGGGUCAUUAGGACCACUCUCAACAAGGUAAAUCCUUCACUGGUUUUCAAACAGCCCCCUGCUGUAAUUCUGCUGUGCCUCAGUGUGGAACAAAGUCCUAGUGGCUCUGCAAGGUUUUAGGUUCUUUUAAGUGGCAUGUCUGUUUAAUUUGGUACAAAUAGGGCCUCCCAGCCAAUUAGCACUAAUGCGGGAGGAUGCUCUUUGUGUUUCAUUGAAUAGAUGUUAUACCUGUGGAAAUGGUUUUCAACAAAACUUCCCUCCCAAAGAUUCAAAUAAACAUGAGUUUUUUAAGUUUUGCUUUUAAAUAAGUGUUUAUUAUGAAAAAGAAGCUCUUUGAAUCUGUGGUGGUCUCAUUAGAUAAUUUAUGAUUUGAAGUGACACACACACUGCAUCACACACAAACUGCCUUUCUUUCAGUAUGGCUUCUGCUCUCAAUGUAAUGACUUUUGUAAAGCUUUUUUUUAAAGUUAAUCUCUAUUAGUAGUGAUGACAUCAGUGUAGCAACAUGAUACAAGAUUUUUACAUCCAAUACUAUGGAAGUCCUAAAAGGAAGUGCACCCAACCAUUUCAUUAUGCCCUCUUUUCUCAAUUUAAGUCAAUUUGGUUGUUGUCUUGAGAUCUUGACUCGUUUAUCAACGCUGGAUUUGUUGAUAAAUGUUGAUACUUCUAAGAUUUUUUCCUACCAUAGAGACAAGCCCAGUAUGACUAGACCUAUAUUAAAAUCACACACGUUUUACUUACUAAAACUGUAGAAAUGAAAGGAUAGAUUAAAUAAUGGCUACAGUAUUAUAAAUAUUUAUCACAUGUCUACACUGUGUUUUGUGUUAAAUAUUAGGACAGUUACAUCUAUAUUGGCUGUAAUGGGGGCCUCAGAUUUCCGGGGCAGCUAAAUGCCACACUGAUGCUUUAAGUUCUUCCCCUGAUGUUUGUAAUUUUUCAGUACUGCAUUUUUUUGUGUGUAAAUUAUUUUUAAGGAUUAGAGAGCCUCUGUAGGAACUUUUGUAUAAACCUGAUCAAAUAUUCAGAAAUGAUUCACUCUUUCUUGGGAACACCUCUCCAUAUAAUAUUAAAUAGAAAUUGUUUCUCUCAGCUGAUCCAUUUGCACUCUUGAUUAUGAAGUUACUAUUGUUAAAAUUGAGAAACAUUAAUGAGAGUUAUAUUUAGAAAGUUCUAAUUAACAACGACUGGCCAGUAAUUUUAUCUAUUGAUAAAAUGCACUGUUAAUAAUUAAUGUUAAACUGACCCUUAAUAGAGCAUCAGAACAAGGCUUUGGGCCACUACCUGUUAUGAGAUUGUAUGAUAGCAUGGGAAGAUGAUCUUUUGAUUUUCCUCAGGCUUUAUUUUCCCUUUUGUGUUUGUCUUCUUUGCACACUUUGUAUCAUGAAAUUUUUAUGUUAAUUCCUUUAGAUAUCAUUGUUUUGAAAUAUGGUAAACACUGACAGCCAGGAUAUUAGCAUUUUCUCAAUAAAUGGGACAACACAAUCGUAUGUUAAUGACUAGUGGACCAUCACUUUUUAUGUACCAUCAUCUUUGUUGGUAUUAUGCCUGUGUUUUUGCUUUUCUGAAAUGCUUUUUUUUAUUAGUUAAAUUGGAACUAGAGAAAAUCCACUGAUAAUCUGUAUUUUUACAUGACUGUUUUGCACCAUUAGCUGUUUUCAUUUUUGUUACUUCUUCUAAGAACAUGGUUAACAGUUUGCUAUAUUAUUUUCUCCUGAUUGUUACAGUGCUAUUAAUCCCAUCAAAGCCUACAUAAUGAGUUGUUUGAAGUGUUGGUAGAGAAAGGAUUUAUCUUCAUUUUGCUGAUGGAAGACAUGACAAUGGAUGCAUGUAUUUAUUACUGAUGGAAUGUCUGCUCAUUUGUUUGCAUUUGUUUUAAAUGUAGCAUCACUGCAUUUGGUAAAGGAACUCUUUCUUUGAAUGAUUCCGUAAUCAAUAGCAUUAAGCAGGCUCUUUUUAGGAUUUAAAAUGUUUGAAGGUUGUGUGUGUGUGUGGAUUAAGUUAUAAUUAAAAACACAAAAAAAUAAUUUGCUCAGUAAUUCAUUAUCUAGUGAUUACAGGACAUUUCAGACAAACCGCUCUAGAGUUUACAGCUUAAACUUUGAUUUUGAAUGAAGAGUUAAGUUUGCACUUCGACAGUUUCUUUUCUUUUGUUGGUAGACUUUCGGAAAGCUGUUCUCAGUGUUUCUUUUUUAUGUAUUUCAGCCAAUAAGACACACCUUUAAGUAAAGUGAACAUAAAUACAACUUUGCUUCUCAGAUGUGGAAAUUUAUUCUUGAACUUUAAAACCUGCUAGGCCAAACUGUUUCAACACAGUCCAUUUAGCAUCUGUUCUAGAACAUACUCUGCAGAGUUGCCCACUUUGACAUUAAAAGACUUUUGUUCAAGUUGA